GCGUCCCUAUAGAAUCAGUUGAAUUCCCAGCCGAGUGUCACAGUCCUGUCGCCGCGCCGCUGUCAGCGGUACCGUUUGACAGAUUGUCCUCCACUUUCAGUCCGCCUGUCAAUUUCACUUCCCUCUAAACAGCCAAGGCUGCCGUGCCUCGCUUUCUGUCGGGCUCUCGUCGGGCGUCGUCGACGCGACGGUCCUGCAUCGACGGAUUAUGCGUUAGCCUGUCGAUCGACGCCGCGACGGAUACCUGGCUGGCCGAAUCAACCCCGAAAGAUUGAAUAAUGCGGCCGUCCCGUAUGCAGAUGACAUGACAUUUGCGCGCACAGUAAUGAGGAACUGCGAUAUUAAUCGCCGCGUGCCGUCAGCGAGAGCGAAAGAUGUUCGUCCGAGAUCCCUGUGGCAUUGUAUGCAUUAUCGUCACCUACGUGGCAGUGUUCUACGCUGACUACGUUGUGGUACGAUGGAUCGUGUUGCACACUAUGCAAGACAGCCUAUGGUGCCCCUUCCAUAUAAUAGCGUUUAACACUGUUGUACUUCUUCUAAUGAUGGCACAUUUGAAAGCCGUCUGCAGUGAUCCUGGUAUAGUACCCUUGCCGCAAAGUAGAAUGGACUUUUCCGACAUUCACGUCUCUGGGGGAAGCGAUGACCACGAGAGCGACGAGAAGGACGAUUGGACGGUGUGCACUAGGUGCGAAACGUACAGGCCGCCUAGAGCGCACCAUUGCAGAAUUUGUAAACGUUGUAUCAGAAGAAUGGAUCAUCACUGUCCAUGGAUCAACAACUGCGUCGGCGAGAGGAAUCAAAAGUACUUCAUACAAUUUCUGGUGUACGUUGGUGCGUUAGCCAUCUAUGCUAUUAUUUUAGUCAUUACAUCCUGGAUCUACGACUGCCCACAGUGCAAUAACGAUAUUGCGGUCAAACAAAAUCGCAUUUUACACUGUGUGAUAUUAGUUUUGGAGUCAGCACUGUUUGGUAUGUUCGUCAUAGCGAUUCUAGUUGAUCAGUUCCAAGCGAUUCUAGGCGACGAGACCGCCGUGGAGCGCGUACAAGGUGUACAACAGCGUUACCACAAUAAGAAUACGCCACGAAUGUUUACGCUUCUGUCUCAAGUAUGUGGAAAGAGCCAUCCGAUAUUUUGGCUGCUCCCUUGUCACAAUCCACCGCGUUACUCUUUCAGAAAGGACGCGUAUUUAAUCGAUCACGAGGUUUGAGAUCGUAUACAAAGCGAGUGUGUUUUAUGUCUGCACAUAAAUGGUAUUUCUUCUUUUUUUACAUUAUUUUUUUACAUAACAGUAUAUUAGAAUAAUUAAUUCCUUGGAUUAGUACCAUAAUAGGUCUUUGUACGAAUUAUUGACAUAAUAUAGAUUUGAGACUUGUAGCUAUAACGUUUCUACAGCGUGGAAAUAAUAUAUGAACAGUCGUUCUUAAUUAUAUACAUACAUAUAUCAAGAUGAUUAAUACAUAUAUAUUAUUAUAAAUAAAAUUUUAUUAUUA